AUGAGUGAGUUCAACCGGGACCUUGAAGCUCUUGGAGCAAAGCUUGUGGAUCAGGACAGUCUUGAGACUUCCAUCACAAGAAGAGCCAAUGAAGCCCUUCUUUCCAAAGACGCGGAGUUGGACCAGAAACGUUUAGAAAAAGCUACGAAGGAUUUGAACUCAACUUUAAAAAGAAUCAGUAUUCUUGAAAGCAGACUAAAUAACCCGAGAACGAAGUUGAGCGAACGGCAGAAGCUCAGGGAUGAAAUCAAAUGGUUUGAACAGAAUGAAUUGGUACCGCGAAGACGCGAUGUAGAAGAUAUCACUGCCAGGCUCGAAGAAAGCAAGAAACAGUUGGAUGGAGCUCAAUCUGCUAAAGAAGGCAAUACUCUUCCAGGAGAAACAGAAAAAGAAUUCUUGAUCAGAACUGGAAAGAUUACUGCGUUUGGAAAUAUCAACUCUUUCCAACAGAUUGGUCAAGAAACAGAACAAGUGAAGAGUCAUGUAUUUUUACGAGCUCCAGGGUUUGAGGAUACCCAGACAAUGAAAAUUGAGAAAAGGAAAGAAGAUUUUGAUAUGGAUAACACAGAUCGUGACCAAGAUUUUCAGGAUACGCAAGAAGAUUUAGGAGAAGAUUCUGAUGAGGAACUGUCCACUACGUAUCUCCGAAAUGUUGAUGAUGGAGACGAGCUUGUCUACCAACAGAGACUUAGACAGUGGGUUUCCAGAAGAGCCAGUCUUCGUGGAACUGAGGUUUCGGAUUCAAGCAAGCAAGAGUGGUUCAAACCUCAUCCCACGAUUCCUGACGCAGUGCUUAACAACCAAUUCAAAUUACCUGGCGAUAUUUACCCGUCCUUAUUUGACUAUCAAAAGACGUGUGUUCAAUGGCUCUGGGAAUUGUAUUCCCAAAAGACAGGAGGAAUUAUUGGUGAUGAAAUGGGAUUAGGAAAAACGAUUCAGGUAAUUUCUUUCGUAGCAGGUCUUCACUAUUCUGGACUACUUGACAAACCGGUACUCGUUGUAGUGCCUGCUACGGUAUUGAACCAGUGGGUUAACGAGUUUCACAGGUGGUGGCCACCUUUACGUUGUAUCAUAUUACAUAGCAUAGGCUCUGGGAUGGGGAAGAGUGCUGUUAGAUCUGAAGAAAAACUUGAAGAGUUUUUGGAAAAUAGUGAUCCUACUCAGUCAAAGAACUCUUUACGUGGCAUCAACAGUCAGAUAAAUGCAAAGGAAAUUGUUGACAGAGUUAUGGAAAAGGGACAUGUCUUGGUGACAACUUAUGUCGGCUUGAGGAUAUACUCCAAACAUAUUCUUCCACGAGAAUGGGGAUAUGUUGUUUUGGAUGAAGGUCACAAGAUUAGAAACCCAGACCUGGAUAUUUCAUUGACUUGUAAGCAAAUUAAGACCUACAACAGAAUAAUUUUGUCUGGAACGCCAAUCCAGAAUAACUUGAUAGAGUUAUGGUCAUUGUUUGAUUUUGUCUUUCCCGGACGUUUGGGGACUUUACCUGUAUUCCAGCAACAAUUCUCUAUUCCUAUAAAUAUGGGAGGGUAUGCCAAUGCUUCGAACAUACAAGUACAAACUGGGUACAAGUGUGCUGUUAUUCUUCGUGAUUUGAUUUCGCCGUAUUUGUUGAGAAGACUCAAAAGCGAUGUCGCUCAGGAUUUGCCUAAGAAAAAUGAGAUGGUUUUGUUCGUGAAACUAACUCAAGUUCAACAGGAGCUCUAUGAAAAGUUUUUGCAUAGUGAGGAGUUGAGCUCUAUAUUGAAAGGCAGACGAAAUGUCUUGAUGGGUGUUGAUAUACUUCGAAAAAUAUGUAAUCAUCCUGAUUUGGUAAAUCGUGAUAUCCUUGAACAUAAGAAGAACUAUAACUAUGGAAAUCCUGUUAAGUCAGGAAAAAUGCAAGUUUUGAAGAACUUGUUGCAAUUAUGGCAGAGUCAGGAGCAUAAGACGUUGUUGUUUUGCCAGACCAGACAGAUGCUCGAUAUCUUAGAGAAGUUUGUAGCUAAUCUCAGACUCUUGGAUAUCGAUCAUGAAUAUUUUACCUAUUUGCGAAUGGACGGGUCAACUCCAAUUGCCAAGAGACAGGAUCUUGUGGAUAAAUUCAAUUCUGAUCCUAACUUACAUGUUUUCUUGUUGACAACUAAGGUAGGUGGACUUGGUGUGAACUUAACUGGGGCUGAUAGAGUUAUCAUUUACGAUCCUGACUGGAAUCCGUCUACAGACAUCCAGGCUAGAGAAAGAGCAUGGCGUUUGGGCCAGAAGAAAGAUAUUACGAUCUAUCGAUUAAUGACUACAGGGUCGAUUGAAGAAAAGAUAUAUCACCGACAGAUAUUCAAGACAUUCCUCACCAACAAGAUUUUGAAAGAUCCCAAGCAGAGAAGAUUCUUCAAAGUCAACGAUUUGCACGACUUGUUUACUUUGGGAGAUCAAAACGAGGUCGGAACAGAAACAGGAGACAUGUUCAAUGGAUCUGAAACAAACUUUGGAGGCAACAAGACGAGAGCUCCUUCCACUUUGCUCAAGAAAAAGCACAAGAACGACGACGAUUUCUAUAAGGUUGCUAGUAUAACUGGAGUUUCAAAGUUGGACAAGUUUCAGGGUGAUGAGGAAGAAGAGGAAGUGAGCGGAGAGUCUCGUGAUGAGAACAGAAUCAUGGAAGGCAUCUUUGCUAAUAGUGGUGUACACAGUGCCUUGAAGCAUGAUGAGAUUAUCAAUUCUAGUAACCAAGAAAUGUCUCUUGUUGAAAAAGAAGCUAGCAAAGUAGCCAACGAAGCAGCUCUGGCAUUGAAGAGAUCCAGAAAACUAGCCAGAAGAAAUGAAAUUGGCACUCCUACGUGGACAGGUAAGUUUGGCUUAGCUGGUAGGUUUGGCCAGAAGAAGAAAACAGUAUCAGGUAGGAUAAAUAAAUCUAAGUCGAUUUUAGGAGAGUUGAAGCAGAAGAAAGCAGUCAGAGCUUCUGUGUUCACCAAAAAAUCCAAUUCCAGUGAAAAUAAUGAAGCUGUGGAUAAGAAGGCCACAAUCGAGAAAUUGGUUACUUUCUUGCAAUCUCGGCCAGAUUCGUUCGGAACGUCGCUGGUGAUCUUGAAGAAUGCUGGUGUUGCCAUGAAAGACGAAAACGACAUGAUCCUUAUUCGCUCAAUGCUACGGGAGAUUGCUGUAUGGGAUUCUGGUAGAAGUGGAUGGAAGUUGAAGAAAGAAUUCUCUCAGAAUGAAGAAUUGUAA